AUGACAACAGCCUCUUCUCCCUCUGGGAUCGGGAAUGAUAAGACCGCUACCGAAGAAUUGAGAAUAGCCAGCAAUGUUGGCAAAGAAGAUGAAAUCGAUGUCGUAGCCGAAGAACCAGAAAAGACGUACUACAGUACUGUAUCUGUCUGGCUCAUGGUUUUAUUCUCAGGUUUGGCAAUUGGUUCUGAUGGAUACAAUGCCGCCGUUAUUGGAAAUGUUGAGUUGCUGCUGGCAAUUCUCUAUCCCGACGAUCUGACUUCAACUAUAUAUCAGCGUCUUUCGAAUGCAUUUUUGAUUGGCAUGAUUGUGGGCAUGUUGCUGUUUGGUGUUAUCGUGGAUCAACUGGGUCGAAAGACUGGCGCCGUAGCUACAACUUUGUUGUUGGUCCUCGGAAUCACCCUGUCUACCGCAGCAAGUGGAAACACGCCGACGGGCAUGUUCUGGAUGCUCAUUAUUGCUCGCGGCGUCGCCGGCGUGGGAGCUGGAGGCGAAUAUCCGGUAUCUGGUGCUGGUGCUGCUGAAGCUACGGAUGAAGACGCCAAGUACCGUAAAAGACGCGGCUUCAUGUUUGCAAUGCUGGCAGACCUUUCCAGCAGUUUGGGAUACAUAUGGGGAGCUUUGGUGCCUCUGCUGCUUCUGCUUUGCGUUGGCCAAGAAGUUUCAAAGUACCACAUUGUUUGGCGAACUUCAUUUGCUCUCGGAAUGGCCCCUCCUCUUCUCAUCUUCUGGUUUCGCAUGCGCAUGGCCGUCUCAACAGCUUAUCGCAAAUCAGCAAUGCGCAAACAGCGAACUCCCUACUGGCUGGCGCUGAAAAGAUAUUGGAGACCACUGCUUGGCUCGGCUUCUACAUGGUUCUUGUACAACUGGAUCAGUAUUCCAUUCGGCAUUUUCAGUUCCACAAUCAUGUCCAGGGCGAAUGCCGGCGAUAGCCUUGUAAAGACACUCGGAUGGGGUGUUGUAAUCAACUGCUUCUACAUCCCGGGACCGUUCAUUGGCGGAUAUCUCUCCGACAAGAUUGGCAGAAGACAAACCAUGGCCCUGGGGUUCACCCUCCAAGCAAUUCUGGGAUUCGUUUUGGGUGGAGCCAUGAACCCAAUUCAGAAUGUAUUCCCCUUGUUUGUUGUUCUAUACGGAAUCUUCUUGACUUUGGGCGAAGUUGGACCUGGAAGUACGGUGGUCUUGACUGCCUCCGAAUGCUUCCCCACGUCUAUUCGAGGUCAAAUGAUGGGGUUCAUCUCAGCUUUUUCCAAGGCCGGUGCUGCUAUUGGCACUCAGGUUUUCACCGCCAUUCUCAACUCCUACACGGAAACGCCUUCUAAGGGCAACCAAGUUGCCUUCCUAAUUGGUUCCGGGUUCGCUGUACUGGGUGCACUGAUUGCAUUGUUCGUCAUCCCCGAUGUGUCCCGUCGUUUGAACGACGACGACGAGGCUUGGAAAAAGUAUCUAGCUGAGAACGGCUGGGAGGCUCAGUGGGGCGAUGAGGUCACCCGAGACCCUUCUGGAGUGGUGAUGAACAAGACAGCCUCCUAA